GGUGGUCAGAGGUCAAGGCAGACGUCAGUGAGAUCUUCCACCUUCACUUAGAGGAGCUUUGCAGCGCGCAAUAAUCUUCUUAUCGCGGCCGCGCACAGCACCUGUUGUCCCCGCAAAGACGCUCUCAUUCCCCCGCCGUCUUCGUCCUCUGCAGCCAUGCUCCCCCCGGACGUCGGAGGAGGACACACGCCCCGCCGCCGCGCCUCGGAGCCCGCCGCCGUCUCCUUGUCGCCGCCUCGCCGCCACAGGAGCCGCGACUUCCCGCUGGCCCUGAAGCGGCGCCGCUCGGGCCCCGCCCCGGAGCGCCGGGUCAACUGCGUGCUGGUCGGGGACGGCGCGGUGGGCAAAACCAGUCUGGUGGUCAGCUACACCACCAACGGAUACCCCGCCGUCUACGUGCCCACCGCCUUCGACAACUUCACCGUGGUGGUGGCGGUGGACGGGACGCCGGUCAGGCUGCAACUUUGCGACACGGCUGGACAGAAAUGGGGAGUUGAUGAUGGAGCGAUCAAUGACGAGCUGGAUCGUCUCCGUCCUCUCUGCUACAAAAACGCCGACGUCUUCCUGCUGUGCUACAGCGUGGUCCGACCCGAUUCCUUCCGCAACCUGACCCACAGGUGGGUGCCCGAGAUCCGCCAGCACUGUCCCGGCGCGCCGCUGGUCCUCGUGGGGACCCAGCUGGACCUGCGGGAGGACGUCCAGGUGCUCAUACAACUGGCCCAGAACCGGGAGCGGCCGGUGGACUCGGAGGAAGGCCGGCAGCUGGCCCAGGAGCUGGGCGCCGCGGGCUUUGCCGAGUGCUCGGCCCUGACCCAGAAGAACCUCAAGGAGGCGUUCGACUCAGCCAUUUUUGCCAGCGUCCGUCAGACACAAGACGGCGGCGACGUGCGGCCGCAGAAACUCACCUUGAAGAGGAAGACCCCAGACAAGAUCAAGAAGCUGUCAGAGACUUGGUGGAGGAAGAUCCGAUGUCUGGUCGGAGAACACAACUGUGAUCAGCUGACUGCUUGACCCGCUCAUGUGUCUUUUCCACACACGACUCGGAUUGGCCGACCUGGUCUUAGCACUAGUGAUCAAGGCACCACCUGUUGCUGUGGCAGGCACCUGACGUUUUCAUGUGGACGUGGUUGACUCCUGCCAAAAAUAAAAAGUACAAACCCUAAA